GGGACAGGUAGAGUCUGAAGGACACUGCAAAGCUUCAGCAGUGUAAAGGUGUAUCAGGUGAUGCUGUCAGGAUGUCUGAUGGGAAGCAGCGAACACUGUCCACUUCUGGAGAGUCUCUGUACCAGAUCCUUGGCCUGGAGAAAGGCUGCAGCCAUGAGGAUGUCAAGAAGUCCUACAGGAAGCUGGCCUUGCGGUUUCACCCAGAUAAGAACCCAGACAACCCAGAGGCAGCGGAGAAGUUCAAGGAGCUGAACAGUGCCCACGCUGUUCUUUCCGACUUCACCAAGAGGAACAUCUAUGACUCAUAUGGCUCUUUGGGACUCUAUGUGGCCCAGCAAUUUGGAGAGGAUAAUGUCAACACCUACUUCAUGCUGUCCACCUGGUGGGCCAAGGGUCUGUUCCUGCUCUGUGGGAUUCUGACUGGAUGUUACUGUGGCUGCUGUCUCUGUUGCUGCUGCAACUGCUGCUGUGGAAAACUUAAACCAACUGCCACUGAUGAAGGGGCGGAGCCUGAGUAUGUGUCCCCAGAUGACUUGGAGGAGGAGAUCCGCAACAAUCCUGACAAUGAUGCUGAAACUCCGAUGGUCCACCAGCCGACCAACGCCAGUGAGAAGACCCAGCUAAUUGGUGAUGGUCAGCGCAGAUACAGAGACACGUACACCUGAAGCUGAAUUACCAGACUGGG